AUGAACCAUACCGAUUGGAUACACAACGAUGUUUUUCUUGUUUUGUUGUUCAUUUCAUAUACACUACUCUCUUAUAUUUCUUUUUGUUUGGAGUUGGUAAAACAUUUAGAGGAGAAACAAGAAGGGAAACAAGUUGGAAGAGAUGAGAAACAUUGUGAAAAACAUCAAUCACAACAAGAAUAUCAACAAAACAAACAUCAAAACAAACUUCCAAACAAACAAAACGAAGAAAAACAUAGAGAAAAACAUGAACAAAAACUACAAAAGAAACAUCAAAACAUACAAGAGAAACACCAAAAACAUCCAAUUCACUUGUUGGAAAGAAUGUUGUUUUACACCUUCUAUCAACCGUUUCUGUUCUCCCUAAUUGUCCUCUACCCUGAAUUUGAACGACAAUAUGCCGAAAUUAAUGCAAAACAUCGAAAUUGGACAAAAAUAAUUUUUAAAUGUUUUCGUGUUGCUUUUUGGUGGGCAGUCUGUGAAUUGUGUUUACAUUUUGUAUAUUUCGGGUCAAUUGCUUUAGAUACUGAAUUUAUGCAGAAAUUGCCCAAAGAUCAAUUUGUUAGUAUUGGAAUGGCUAUAGGAGCCUUUUUCCACCUAAAAUAUGUUGUUAUAUUUGGACUUCCUGCUAUUUUUGCCCUAAUUGAUGGAAUGGAACCUCCAGACGGUCCUAUUUGUAUAUCUCGUGUUUCACUUUAUUCAAAAAUUUGGAGAGGUUUUGACAGAGGAUUGUAUGCGUUUUUUAAGGAAUACAUUUUUGUACCUAUUUGUUGGCCCACAUUUUCAUUACCCAGAAAACUCGUUGGUCUGUGCAUUUCCUUUACUUUUGUUUUGCUAUGGCAUGGAUUCUAUCAUCACAAUAUUGUCUGGAUUGGCUUAAAUAUUGUUGAGCUUAGUAUAGAAUUUACUUCAAAAGCCAUAUAUUCAAUACCAAAAGUUCAAAGCUUUCGAAAACAAUUAUUGUCAGAUUUAAAUUUUCGUCGAUUGCUGGGAUGGCUACAAAUUGUCCCCUUUGCUUUUGGAUUAUAUUCUAAUUUUUAUUUUCUUGGGGGAUCUGCUAUUGGGUGGUUAUUUGUUCAGAGAAUAUUUUGGGAGGAGACGGUUAGUUAA